GAAGAUAAGAGUGAAUCCACAGGCUGCUAUCAUCAAUCUAAUGGCAGUCACAAUGGUGUGGGCACUAGGCAUAGCCAUGGCAAGUGAUCGUUCAAAUUCUUUCGCAGUGAAAGACCACAUAUUUCCAGAGUUCAGAAAGUGGCACGUGUACGUAGUGAAUGGUCUGAGUAACGAGCAGAACUUGCUCGCCAGGUGCAAAUCCCAGGACAAUGAUCUGGGGGCCCGCACUCUGUUUGCAGGGUCCAAUCUGACCUGGAGUUUUAGGACGGACUUCUUCCACUCCAUCUUAUUCUGGUGCUACCUUAAAAGAGAAGCAGGUGGUUCCGCUGAGUUUGAGGUUUUCUGGUACAAUGAGCGUCUCUUCGACAAGUGUCAAUGGAAGAACUGCAUCUGGGUCGCUAAAGAUCAAGGGAUUUACCUCACGGAUUUGUCUCAGAACCGUGAUGAAUUACGCUAUAGCUGGGAUGGACAUUGAACAAUCAUCUCAAAAUUUCUAGGUUGUUCAAGAAAACAUGUUGAAGAUUUUGUCUACUCAGGCGUGCGAACGCCAUUGGCAAGAACAAGGAAUAAUAAACUUUAGGGUACAUAGGAGUAGUUUCUGCUGUGUCGUUCAUGAAACUAACGAACAGUCUAGUUUGACAAGCCUCUGCCUAAACUUCCAUAUGUAACAAUUUCAUCCAUCUCUCUGGUCACCGUUUAUUUUUGGCAAAUCUUUCCUACCUUUUACAUUUUAUUCUUGCCCCAUAUUUAAGUUUUAUUUCGUU